GGGCCAACUCAGAUUGCCAGUCAACGGGCACAUCUCAAGCGUUGCAGUCGCUUUCCAUGCGAACUCGAUUUUACAAAGCUAUCUUACUCCAGUGCACUCCUUUUGGCCAACUGAAGUUUCGUGUAUAUUUAUUUUUUGGCCAACAGCUGCGUGUCUGCCGUAGAUUCGCGUGAAAGUGGUCCAAAUCAAUCACAAAUAACUCAGGAUACAGCGAGUGUGCUGGCAAUUAUCGUACACUAAUAAAAGAGUCACAGUUUUUACUAUGUUUCUCACAAAGAGUUCAAGUGCGCGGCAUUCGCUGCUGCUGCUUCUGCUGGCAUUUUGCUGCCUGAGCAGCGCAUUUGGAGCCAAGAUAACCAAAAAGGCGGAGAAACCCUCGGAAAAGCCCGAGGCGGAAGCUGCAGAAUCUCCAGUUGAGGAGGAAAAUGAUGAUGAUGACGAGAAUGACGACGAGGAGGAGGAGGAGCAGGAGGAGGAGUCAGUUGCGGACAAAGAAGCUGCAGCAGCAGCAUCAAGUAACAACAAGAAUCCAAAUGCAGUGCAGGCCGCCACCGAUCCCACAGAUCUCAGUGUCUGGGGCAUGGUUCGAACUCUGUGGGGCUGGCUGCGCAGCGAUCUGAGUGAAAGCCUAUUCGGCGAUGACGACAACGACAAAGACGACGGGAAGCCAGCGUCCGGCAGCUCAGUUGUGGAGGGUCGUACAUUCGGCAAAAUCCGUCGUCUGCAGAUGGCUUUGAUACCCAUUAUCUUCAAGUUUGGCGUGCUUUCGGCCAUGGUUGCCUUCCUGGUGGCCAUUGGCAUGAAGUCGCUGUUCCUGCUCAAGGUUUUGGUGGUGAUGAAUGCCAUUGCCAUUUUGGGAAAGUUCAUCACCCUGAAGUCGAGUCUCUUUGGACAGUAUGAGCACACGGCGCCAUCGUUCAACUACCCAGGCUGGAAUCCGCAUGCCAAGGAGUCGUCGUGGGGCACCACUGGACUGAGUGGACACGGCGGUGGACAUCCGCCCAGCAAGGAGAUCCACCUGCACAUCCACGGAAAUGCCCAAACCCAGGCUCAACUCGCGGGUCAGGGCUACCAGUACGAAUCGCAAUCGGGCGGUGGCUGGGCCAGUCGAUCGGAUUCGGAUCCCUAUGCAGCCUAUGCCCCCACGGGUCAGUUCACCAAUAGCCAGCCUGUGGGUGCUGUUGCCGGCGAGGUGCCCAACAAUACGGAUCCCAUGUCCCUGCUGCCCACAAAAUACCGGGCGAGGCGACUCAUUCGCUGAGCAAAAGAGCUGCAGAUUCCACAUGGAAGUCUACGACCACCGCGCGUUUAAUUAGCUAGCACACACAUUUAGUCAGCGACUUUACGAGGACGCAGCUUUACGUACACCUAAAACUAGUUACGAAACCAACCUAGUGUUUAAUUAAAUUAUUUGCCCCAAGUAGCCCUAGAAAUCAGGACCCCAAAUAAGAGUUAUUAGAAACUUUUGUUUUAAAAAGACUAUUGUUAUUUUUAAUUUUAAACCUCAAAAUAUUUUGUACGUAAUUUAAAUAUUUUACGCUUGCA